UCGAAUGUUUUCGUUAAAAAAGUGCCGUGUUUUUAUGUAAAUUUAAAGAAUAAAUUAUUUUUCGAUGAUUAAAAGUGCAAGCAAAUAAAAUUUCUUCAAACAAACCAUGGCCAGCAACGGAAAACGGCCCCACAGCGAACCGGCCCGGAACUUUUCCGCAUUCCGGACGUGCGGUCCCAUCCGUCGGCAACGGUUGCCCUCGACGGAGGAUCCGCUGUCCGAUCUGGACUACGAUUACGGUUCCUCGUCCGACGAUGGCGAAUGGUCGACGUCGACGGGAUCGGAAUCGAUGGACAUGGACAUGUACGACACGGAGGAAGAGGAAAUGAUGCUGCUCGAUGCGUUGGAAGAGGAAGAGGAACUGGAGGAGGAAGAGGCCACGGAUGACGAAAUGGACUACGUCGAUUUCAGCACCGACGAAGAGGACGAUUCCGAGUUUGAGGAGGAAAUGGACCGGGAAUUGGCCCGGGUCGAAAUGGAAAUGUACAGAAAGCAACAGCGAAAGAAACUGAUCCCGCCGGAAAUGAUCCCCGACGGAAUCGAUUCCGACGACGAGGAAGCAUGGCAGUUCCUCGAGGACGAGUGGAUGUGCGAGCAGGAGCAACUUCUGCUUCUCGAACAGCAGCAGCAAAACGAAGCAAAUUCAAAAUGCGCCCAAGAUCCGGACGUUCCCGAUUGGGACGCGCUCGAUGCCAUCAACCGGCGCUUUCUGAUCCGGGGCAACGUGGCCGGCAAACCGUGCACCAUGACCAGCUCGGUCGGGGUUCGUCGGGCGCGCAUUUCGAUGCUCGGAACGAUCGUUCCGGCCACGGAGAUGCUGCGGAACUUCUUCCGUGAUGCUCGGCGGAACGUUGGCGGGGUGAAGGAGAAUACCGGGAGGGUGGUGCCGGUGGCAUCGAAGAAUGUGGCGUCGGUCACCCCUCGGGCGGUGGUUCGGAGUAAUGGUUCCGGGGGCCAGCGGAAGGCGCUUUCGGAACGGAAUCUGUGAGUUUUUUUUGUGAUCGAAUGGACAAAAUGCUCGAAGCAUUGCAUUUGUUUUAGUAAGUAUUCAAAAGACUGAACUU